GAUGAAGACGAGCCUGCGCUAGUCGCGAAUCACAACUUCUGAAGACUUUAUGCUUACAAUUGUCAGUUUUUUUUUUCUUUUUUUUUUUUACUCGGGACGAUUCUCAUUUGAAGCAAGGUCAUUAUUUCAUGAUGGUGCAGGAGUUUAUCAUGGAUAUCAAGAACCUCAAAGGGAUAAACAGGAUUCAUGGAUACAAAAAAAAAAAAAAAAAAAAAAAAAAAUCAACUAUUAUUAUUAUUAUUAUUAUUAUUAUUUUCCCAGUCGUAUGAGAAAGUCUGCUAUCAACUCCAAUUUGUUCUUCGAGAGGAAGAGGAGGAGGAGGAGGAAUACUGCUAUUAUUUUUUAUUUGUCAGACAGUUUGCUGGUCGAGGAAAAUCAAAGCGAGCGAGGACAUUAUAUAUUUUGAACGAAGGAAUUGUCAACAAGUCUUAUUUAUUUAUGUCUUUGUCUGUUUGAUCAGGAAUCAGGACGGGACGGGACGGGAC